GAUAUGUUCCAUCAAGAGAAACACAUUAAAAGAUUUAGUUUUGAGAGAGUUUCUAAAUAUAAUAAGAGAAGUUCUUAUAAUCUUUGUGUUUGUGCAACUUUAUCCCCUGUUUCUCUCGAACCGAAUUGGCAUCUUCUUCACCGUCAUCAUCAUCAUCAUCAUUUUCUCUGUAGCGCAUUUUAUUCAUUCCACAGCGAGAGAUAGAGGGAGAUCACAAGGAGAGAUAAAAUAGAAAAGGAAACCGAAUCCAUGAGAGGAAAUUUCUGAAAAGAGAUUCUUGUUUACGUGCGUUCGUUAACAUACGAUUAUACAUAAUUACACGUUUCAUUUGCGUACGUAACACUCAUGUGUUGAAGUGUCUCCGCAGAUCGGGAGAUGGACAAGACAAUAUAAAUCUUGCUUAGAGAUUUCGUCGUUACUGGAUCUGGUUCACAUUCUUAACAUUGUUUUUGGUUUUGGAUAUAGAGUUUUGAUGAGGAGAUGAAGGCAGCUAAAAGCUGGAGUGUAGGAAACCUAGCGUCAUUGCCUGGAGCUCGCCACCGUGUUCCUGCAAGAAGACGACUAUGGAUCAUCAUGUCCCUUUCACUGAUCAUCAUGACGCUUUCACUGAUCACCAUGCUGGCUAUAAUGGCUUACAUGUACCCACAUCACAGCAAACGUGCUUGUUAUAUGAUUUCAUCAAGGGGAUGCAAGGCUUUAGCUGAUUGGCUUCCACCUUCUCUGAGGGAGUAUUCUGACGAUGAGAUUGCUGCACGAGUAGUGAUUAGAGAAAUAAUGAGUAAUGCUCCUGUUAUAAGAAGAGACUCCAAGAUUGCAUUCAUGUUCUUGACUCCUGGUACUUUGCCUUUUGAGAGGCUUUGGGACAGAUUUUUCCAGGGUCAUGAAGGGAAGUUUUCUGUUUAUAUCCAUGCAUCAAAGGAAAGGCCAGUUCACCACAGUCAUUACUUUUUAGACCGCGAAAUUCGCAGUGACGAGGUGGUGUGGGGAAGAAUAUCAAUGGUUGAUGCAGAGAGAAGGUUGUUAGCUAAUGCUCUAAGAGACCCGGCAAACCAGCAAUUUGUGUUACUCUCUGAGAGUUGUGUGCCACUUAGAAGUUUUGAGUACAUCUACAAUUACCUGAUGUACAGCAAUCUCAGCUAUGUUGACUGCUUUGACGAUCCAGGACAACAUGGAUCAGGCAGACAUAUGGAUCACAUGUUGCCUGAAAUUCCAAAGAAGUAUUUUCGAAAGGGUGCACAGUGGUUCACCAUGAAGAGACAACACGCUAUAGUAAUCAUGGCCGACAGUCUUUACUACUCUAGAUUCCGGGAUUACUGUGGGCCAGGUAUAGAGAACAACAAGAACUGCAUAGCUGAUGAACACUAUCUGCCAACAUUCUUUCACAUGCUUGAUCCUGGUGGCAUCUCUAACUGGAGUGUAACACAAGUUGAUUGGUCUGAGAGACAGUGGCAUCCCAAAACAUACAUGCCUGAGGAUGUCACACACGAGUUACUAAACAACCUCACGUCUACUGACACAGUCGUACAUGUCACAAGUGUUGGAAUGCUGGGUGAAGAAAUAUGGAUGCCUUGUAUGUGGAACGGAAUCAAAAGACCUUGCUUCUUGUUUGGAAGGAAGUUUCACCCGGAUACGCUCGAUAAACUCUUGGAUCUCUUCUCAAAUUACACAAGAUCGGUCUCUUGGCAUUUGUGAUUUAAAAGGAUGUUUCUUCUAUAUACAACUAAGAUUCUUCUAACACUAUAGCUACAAGUCUAGAAGCUUAAGGAGGUACUGAGAGCUUUUUUUCAAUUGAUGCUUUCAUUUGGUUGGAGGGAAACGUUGGUUUAAUUCUUUUAUUUUUAUCCACUCUGUUUUACGUUAUAUACUUAUCUCAUAUUUCUCCUUCGACUGUUCUGAAAAGAAAAAGAAUUUUUGAUUUCUUUUUAGAUAGAUUUAUAUUAUUGUUCAGAAUGAUGAUGAAGCAAACUUAUACAGGUUUAUAGAGUUUCUAUACAUAUAUAUUUGGUAUUCGUUUUUGAGUCUUGACCUCAAAUAUUUUAUAGAACAUAUAUAUAUAUAUAUAUAUGUUCAUGGUUUUGUGUAGUGAUCUUAAGAUAAACAUUUAUUAAUAGCUUUAACCAAAGAAACGGCCUAAUAUGCAACUACUCUUCUUUGAGAUAACCACGUAGAAACAAUGUACAUUUUAACAACUAACAAUUUAUCUAGACUCGACCAAACCUCUCUUAAGAUCUCCAUAUAAGUUGUAGCCCUCCGUAUCUGCAUGACUGCAUCUUUCGCCAAAAGGUUUAAGAGGGAGCAGAUGUUACUCAUGUGAGGAUAUGCAGAUGGAGUCCCACGAUGGAGAAUUUUAGCUGGAUUUUGUCCAUACUGCAACGUUUCAUUUCUCAUUUGGAUCAGAGUUGUCCAUAGACGAGAAGAAUGUAUUCAAAAAGUCGAUUAAACCGGGUGUUUUCUGCUUAAC